UGCAAAUAAGCUUCUGAAUCAUGAUCCUAUGUCUGAUGAAGAUCUUUUCAUCUGCUUUAUUCUGGUUGCUAUGGCUAGUUUCUUGUGCCCUAAUUCCUCUCAAGCUCCAAGUUACAAAUACUUUGGUAUUUUUGAAGAUCUUCAAAAUGUCAAGCAGUAUGAUUUUGCUGGAUAUAUAUUACAGUGGUUAUUGGAUAGUGUGAAGAGUUUUAACCGUGGUAAAAGUUCCUUGGACUCUGAUGGCGGUACUCUUGGUGGUUGCAUCUAUUAUCUUGCUGUGUUGUACUUAGAUUUUGUUGAUUUUGGUGCUCGUCAAGUUUCUGAUUCUGUGCCUCGUAUAUCUGUUUGGAAAGGCGGCAUGAUUAAGGAGUAUUCUCAGUAUGAUUUAAAAUCUAAUGGUUCUUAUGGAUAUCAUCCAUUACUUGAUGUUUCUCGUACUUGCUAUUUUAAGGACUUGAGGUUUCUGUUCAAUCCUUUGUCAAAGUUUUUGGAUGAUUCAUUUGUUGACAAGCUUGAUUCUCAUGCUGGGUGCAAGCUUCCUGAUUCUUUGAAGACCAAUAUUUGCAAGCUUAUUCAGAAUUACUGCUUCAAUUGUGGUGUUUCUAUUAAUAUGGAUGUUCAUGCCGUCAAUUCUUUACCUGAAGAUUUGAAGUCAACAUUUUGCAAACUUCUGACGCAUGCUUAUUCCAUUGAUACUCGCGCUAAAAAAUUAAUUCUUGAUCUUAUCAAGCUUGUUGUUCAUUGCUUUGAUGAAGAAGGUUCUGGUACUCCUCCUGCUGAAACCACCUCUGCUGAUAAUACACCCAAUUUGCAUCCUGAAGAUACUAAGGAUAAUUCUGCAGAAUUAAAUGUUAGCACUGAUGGUGCCAUAGAUGGUGAUAAUCUUGGAUGCUCUUCUCAAUAUGAGCUGCAAAGAUCAAGACUAUAUUCAACUCCUAAUGUCAAGUGUCAUUCUCAAAAGGUCCCUUCUUUGAAAUCUGUCCUCUCUAAUUAUGUUGACGAUGAUUCGAAUAGAUCAGUGUCUUUGCCGGUUCCUAAUUUGCCUCGUUCAUCAUUGAAACCAUUGAAUUCAACUCCGGGUCCGUCCUCUGUUGAUAGAGUAAUGAAGAAGUUGAUUAAGCCAAAUGAUUCAACCCCAGCUAAAAUUGUGAAAUCUUCUUCUCGUUUUGUACCUCCUCCUUCUGGUUACCCUGCUGACCAUCCUUUGUAUCGUUGUUUGUACAAGAAAUUUGAUGACUCUGUUUCUAAAGUUCAUGGAAAUCAUCAAUCGUCUCAGAAGUCUCCUUUAUCUGAUUGUACUAAUUCCCCUCUAGAUAAUCGAGUUAAUAAGUCUGUUUCGUUUGCUGCACAAGAUGUUGGCCCAAGUGAUGUCAUCAUGCUCGAUCCUGACCCCAACUAUGUUCCUGACUCUGUUUCUCCUUCCCCUAGACCUAAACUAUCAAGGCUUUCUUCCCUAAAGAGUAACUGUGGUCAAGAAAAUGUUUCGCCACGAUCAUCUCAAAAGGUAACUCCUCUUUUCUGUUUGUAUUUAUUAUAUUUUCCUACCUGUAUAUCUUCUUUCUCCAAUAUUUUUGUUAUAUUUCUCUAGAUCUAUUUUUUGUAGUUUCCUAUUGUCAUGCAGACUUUGGAAUUCACCGCUCAUACUACCCCAAGAAUUCGUUCUAAUAAUUUGAAAGCUCUAUUUUCUCAUUUAUCCAAUUCUAAGUCUACCACUGAAGUUGUUCCUUCUUCUUCAAAGAAAAAGGAAUGUCUAGAUGUUGAAAUUGUUGGCCAAUCUUCUUUAGCUGCCAAUGUUCAAGCUAUGUCUAAAUUGUCUGAAGAGGUGUAUAAUUCAAACCUACGAUCUAGUACUAAAACACCUGGAUCUGUUCAGAGAGUUGGUGUUUCUGGUUCUCAACCAAGCUCUCGAUUCAAACCUUCUGAUUCCUCAACUGGAGGUAAAUUGCCACUUCAUGGGCCAAGACGUUUUGCAGUCGCUUCUAAAGUUUAUUGUCGUGAUUAUGUUACAGCUACCAACAAAUUCUCUGUUUCCAAGUCUGAGGUUCUCAACUAUAAAAUUCUUUGCAAGCUGGCUUCUUCACAGUUCCAGAGCGAGGAUGCUGUUAAUCUUUCUGGUGUUCGUUGUACUUUCUGGUCUCUUGGUGAAUCCCUUAAGCCUGAUGGCUUAGUCAAGACCUUUGUUGUAUCUGCCUUUUGCUACAGUUUGUUUCAAAAACCCAAUGGUCAUCCAGAUGUU